CGCCUGUUGCCAGCUGUUGACAGCGAAUGUUGACAUUUUGCACAGGAUGAGCUCUAUUUGCCGGCUUGGGGUCAAGCAUCUUUGGCACAGAGUAGUUCCCGGAAACAACGUUGGUUGCAGAAGAUUUGCCAGGAUGACCGAGGCUAAGCUGGAUGCGGUUCCGGUGGUUGAGAUCGAUGAAGGAAUUUUCAAGUACGUACUGAUUAAAGUUUACGGCAAGGAGAAAACCGAUGGUAGCGAACCAUCGAAGCUGAUCGUCCGCGGCUUCGACCGUGCACAGUGGCAUUCGGAUAUUUACGACGAGGUUAGCUCGUCGCUGAUGGGUCUCGGGCUCGAGACGGAAUGUCUCGGCGGUGGACGGAUUGAGAACCGGCCCGACCUGAAGCAGAUCAAGGUGUACGGUUAUUCGCAGGGAUACGGCAAGGCGGAUCAUGCGGAAACGAGACGUUUGCUGCUGACCAAAUACCCGAACCACAAUAUUACGUGCUCCGACGAGGGAUAUUGA